CGCGAGAUUCCGCGAGGUGAUAAGUUGAAGAAACAUGGCGACGUCUAAUUUGUUAAAGAACAAGGGGUCCCUGCAGUUUGAGGACAAGUGGGAUCUGAUGCGGCCCAUCGUUCUCAAGCUGCUCAGACAGGAAGCCGUCACCAAGCAACAGUGGUUCGACUUGUUCUCAGAUGUCCAUGCUGUGUGUCUAUGGGAUGAUAAAGGACCAGCCAAAAUCCACCAAGCCCUUAAAGAGGACAUCCUAGACUUCAUCAAACAAGCACAAGCUCGGGUGCUGAGCCACCAGGAUGACACGGCACUGCUAAAGGCCUACAUUGUAGAGUGGAGGAAGUUCUUCACCCAGUGCGACAUCUUGCCCAAACCCUUCUGUCAGCUGGAGAUCACGCUCAUGGGCAAACAGGGCAGCAACAAGAAAACAAACAUGGAGGAUAGCAUCGUACGCAAGCUGAUGUUGGACACAUGGAACGAGUCAAUCUUUUCCAACAUUAAGAGUCGCCUGCAGGACAGCGCCAUGAAGCUAGUGCACGCUGAGAGGCAGGGGGAGGCCUUCGACUCCCAGCUUGUCAUAGGAGUACGAGAGUCGUACGUGAACCUGUGCUCUAACCCAGAGGACAAGCUGCAGAUUUACAGGGAUAACUUUGAGAAAGCCUACCUGGACUCCACAGAGAGGUUUUACAGAACACAGGCGCCAUCCUACCUGCAACAGAAUGGCGUCCAGAACUACAUGAAAUAUGCAGACGCAAAACUGAGAGAAGAGGAGAAGAGAGCACUUAGAUAUUUAGAGACACGUCGUGAAUGUAACUCUGUUCAAGCACUUAUGGAGUGUUGCGUUAACACUCUGGUAACCUCAUUCAAAGAGACAAUCCUGGCCGAAUGUCCAGGGAUGAUCAAACGAAACGAGACAGACAGGCUGCACCUGAUGUUUUCGCUGAUGGACAAGGUUCCCAGCGGGAUCGAGCCCAUGCUAAAAGACCUGGAAGAACAUAUCAUCAAUGCUGGACUAGCAGACAUGGUGGCUGCUGCCGAGACUAUCACUACUGACUCGGAGAAGUACGUGGAGCAGUUGUUGACAUUGUUUAACCGCUUUAGUAAGCUGGUAAAGGAGGCCUUUCAGGACGACCCUCGCUUCCUCACAGCAAGAGAUAAGGCUUACAAGGCUGUUGUCAAUGACGCCACAAUCUUCAAACUGGAGCUGCCAAUGAAACAGAAAGGUGUGGGUAUGAAGACUCAGCCAGAGUCAAAGUGUCCUGAGCUUCUGGCAAACUACUGUGACAUGCUGCUGAGGAAAACUCCUCUCAGCAAGAAACUCACCUCAGAGGAAAUCGAGCUCAAACUCAAAGAAGUGCUCUUGGUAUUAAAGUACGUUCAGAAUAAAGACGUAUUCAUGCGUUACCACAAAGCUCAUCUGACAAGGCGCCUGAUUCUGGACAUAUCAGCUGACAGCGAGAUUGAAGAAAACAUGGUGGAGUGGUUGAGAGAAGUAGGAAUGCCUGCAGAUUAUGUGAACAAGCUGGCCAGGAUGUUUCAGGACAUCAAGGUCUCAGAGGACCUCAAUCAGGUCUUCAAAGAAAUGCACAAACACAACAAGCUGGCGCUGCCAGCGGACAGUGUGAACAUUAAGAUCCUGAACGCCGGAGCAUGGUCACGAAGCAGUGAGAAGGUUUUUGUCUCACUGCCCACAGAGCUGGAGGACCUCAUCCCUGAGGUGGAAGACUUCUACAAGAGGAAUCACAGCGGUCGCAAACUCCACUGGCAUCACCUCAUGUCCAACGGCAUUAUCACCUUUAAAAAUGAGGUGGGACAGUACGACCUGGAGGUGACGACCUUCCAGCUGGCAGUUUUGUUUGCCUGGAACCAGAGACCUAGAGAGAGAAUCAGCUUUGAGAAUCUCAAACUGGCCACAGAGCUGCCUGACGCAGAGCUACGUCGUACACUUUGGUCUCUAGUGGCCUUCCCCAAACUGAAGAGACAGGUGUUGUCUUAUGACCCUCCAGUUAGCUCGCCCAAAGACUUCACAGACAGCACGCUCUUCUACGUCAACCAGGAGUUCUCACUCAUCAAAAACUCCAAAGUCCAAAAGCGAGGAAAGAUCAAUCUGAUUGGUCGGCUGCAGCUGACCACAGAGCGAAUGAGAGAAGAGGAGAAUGAAGGAAUUGUUCACCUCAGAAUACUCAGAACUCAGGAGGCCAUCAUCCAAAUCAUGAAGAUGAGGAAGAGAAUCAGCAAUGCCCAGCUUCAGACGGAGCUGGUGGAGAUCCUGAAGAACAUGUUUCUGCCUCAGAAGAAGAUGAUCAAAGAGCAGAUCGAGUGGCUCAUUGAACACAAGUACAUAAAGAGGGACGAGGGAGACAUCAACACCUUCAUCUACAUGGCCUAGGCAGCAAGGGAGGGAGCGCUUUCUUGCUCUGUUUUUUACUCCUGGCCUGCAACCGGCACUUAAAGACUCGGCGAGAGGAGAUGGAACAAAAGGAUGUGUGUGAGGACAAGGAGAAGGGUGAAGAUAAGUGGGGAGUGUGUUGAAGAAUGAGGAAGAGCCUUUUCAACAAAAGCGUGGGUAUUUAUUUGUGUUUGUGAGACAUCAGUGUGUUACCGAGGUGAGAUCAGACUGUCUGUCUGUCUCUGCCGUCCUCUAAUAUCGAUCAGAGCAGAGGGACGCCGCCUGCCCGUAGCUGGAAUGAAAAGACAUAGUGACAUAAUUAAAUUAAAUACUUCCUGCCUUACUUUGUCAGCAAUGGACUGCGGAGGAGGAGCUGUGAGGAGGGAACGGAGGACAAAUGUAACAAGCUGAUAUCAAUCUUUUGCUUUCACUUAAUGCCACAGCUGCCAUCUUAGCGGCAGCCAUUUUGCAUCCCUCCUAUUCUACAUUUGUCUUAUUUUUGAACUGGGAAUGCAAAAAAGCCGCAAGUGAAAGCUGCCAUUGAGGAGGAGCGGACACUGAUGGAUUAGCUCAAACUACCGAGGAGUAUUUUGCCAAAUUGUGUGUGUGUGUGUGUGUGUGUGAGUGUGUGAGUGAGUGAGUGUGUUAGUGUGUGUUUGCGUGCAUGGUGUGUAUCUGGUCUUUUAGGUGUGUGUGUAUGUGUGUGCACUUUCAACAGCAUGCUGCUCCAUGAUUUUUGUUUGUUUGUUUACUGGAGGAUCUGUCACACUUUGUGAUUGUGUUUGAGAAAGCUGGGGAAUCAAGACCAGCCGCGCGUUUUAUAUGCUGAUAUUUAGUUUUUCUUUUUAUCCCCUGUGGCAGAUAAAGUUUGUCAACAGGUAUACAGGUAUUGUCUGGAGACCCCUCUUGUCUGUCUUGGGAAAUGAUCAUACUGCAAACUAUUUAUUUGGUGCGUAAAGACCCAUGCUCCAAAAAUUGUGACAUUAAAUACCAGCUGAAAGCAUC